AUGGAUCCACCGCCGCCGCCACCACCACCGUCUUCCGCUGGUCCUCCCGACGACCACGACGAACGGGUAAGUGGAACCCAUCGGUUGAAUUCUCCCGCGCCCCUGCUUACCCCCCUUUUCCCGCGUCCCUAGCACCCCUGGCUCAUUCUUCCUUUGUUCGUUCCACUUAGGGGUCACCACGACCACGUCCACCACCACCACCAUCGUCACCACACCGCGACGCCAGGCCAUUGCAGGUAAAUGGUUCAUUUUUUCACCCACGGGGGAACCGACUGGGCCGUGAUGUGAACCUGAGCCCACCCCGGUUUGGUCGAAGACAAACCGGGACAAGUCAGUCCCUCUCCGUUCUUUCUCGACUUAACGGGAUGUCUUGCGUGAUGGAGACCUUGUGCUCCAAAGGAUCCGACACCCUGUUUCUCUCCGUCUCGCUUUGCUGAAUUUGGGGUCGUCUUCCAGUAGGGCUGUGAUACCUGGCAGCAGGUGGAGUCCACGUUGCCCCCUUUCCCCUUUUCCCUUACGGGUAGGUUUAAUGGUUGGCACCUGUUUUAGAAGCUGUCUCUGUUUUUUUGGUAUUUUUUGUAUUCUGGCCGGUUUUUCUCAUAGGAGGAGCAGGUUUUCACUGUUGGACUUUCUUGGCUGUCCUCUCCACUAUUGUCUUCGUGCUGGACAAUCACUCUUCCGUUUUGCGCCACUUGGGAAAGGGGUGGGUCUCCUUUCUUGAUCGUCUCCUAGCUUGGUGAUCUGGAGGAGUUUGGCGAGUCUCCUCUGGAGGGUAUCCUUUUGGCUAUUCUCCCCUGGUUGGGUCGCUUGCCUUUGUCUUUGCUUUUUGUGUCGUUCUGCAGAUCUUCCCCACCGUAUCCCGGAACUCUCUGGACGUGGCCCUCUGUGAACAUGAAGGUCCAACAGCUCGGACUCUGGCCUUUUCUCGAAGUAGGGUGCAUUUCCUGCCCAAAAUCCAGUGACAGCAAGACCAUCGGGACAGACCUGCUUGAGCCGACCUUGGACCAAGACGCAGCCUGUUGGUUCACGUACCUUUGCCGAGGGGUGCAUUUCCUGAGGCCGGGGAAGAACGAGUGUUGACAGACCCACCAGAUCAAGCAGUGCUGACGCUGGGAAAAAGCCACCUGACAAGCAUGGUUACUCCAGACAUCCACGGGUGUGUCCGCUUGGAUCUGGUAACAGGGCCACCUGAAAAGAAAUACCAUUCCUUGUGAUCUGGUUCGAGUUGCUGUUGGAUAGCUUGGAGUCAUCCUUUGGGCUCAUUUUAACAAUGCUGUUGGAGAUACGGUUGGAGCCAAUCCUUGCAGUUCUCCCUGUUGGACCACACACCCUGGUGAUGUCCCCUUGUUGUAUGCAGUUAUGUUCGCCGAGCAGAAGUCGUCAAGCUGCGAGGCCUUGAAGGGCUGGAGUUAGCUUCCUUUCCAUCGCUGUGGCCAUUGCGCCUAGAGAAGUGGUUUCGUCUGACAGACCUCGCGGAUGGAUCACCACCACGGACCCUCUCUGUCGUCGGCGAUGACAAAACAAGGGAACGCGUGUGUGAAUGGUGGGAGUGGUAUUGCAAAACAGUGACAGGUCCCCAACUCUACCUCACAGCCUGGCCAAGCGGACUGGACAUUAACACCCUGUCUCGGGUGUCGUUUGAAACUCCGUCGCGGUCUACCUUGGACUCUGUGAUGCUGAUGCUGAUGCCUGACUGUGUGGCUUCGUCGGUGCUUUCCUCACCAAGACACAUCCUGUUGAUUGGCUUCUUUGGUGACUUUUUGGCGGAGAAACCCAGUUCUCAAGGCCGUCUGUCACUAGGCCUUCUGUAUCCAUCCGUUUGAGAUCUCCUCGAGCACGUGACGAACGUUGUGCGAAACAUCGGCUUCUAGUGGAGUACUUCUUGGAUGGUUGCCUGGGCAAGUCGUCUGUUUGUGCGCUCUCGCCGAUUUUUCAUUGGCUUGUCCUUGCAUUCCCCUUGGAAGAAAUGGAAGUGGUUAGGUCACACCCACACAGAGACUGACGAGUCGAACGCGUUGUGUUUGGGGGAACAUUGUGGUCCCAGAACUCCCUUCUCCUCCACAACGAGCAAGACCUUUCCAUAGCCAUGCCAUACAGACCCAAGCAAGUCCACCUUUCGAGGGGCGUCAUCCGUUCCAUCACCUUGGUUUUUUGGGUGGGACAUCUGUUCCAGCCUUUCUUUAUCAUCGUUUGGAUGUGUUGACUGCUUGUUCUGCCGACUCCCUGGUCCCAACCAGUCUUUCAGUCACUGACACAGGAGUCACCUGACUCAUUUCACUGUCACAGGGUUCCUGAUGCAUUCCAAUCGGUGUUGGAUUCGUGGAAGUUCAUCAUCGAGGUCCAUUGGACUGUCAGAGCUCCAUUGGUUUUUUGUUCGAUAUCGGGCGUGUUUUCUUCUGGAAGGAGAGAGGUAUUGGGAGAUUUUCCUGGGCUUUGCAAGAUCCUGCACGAAACCACCCCCUUUGUAUGGAACCACAUGGGAAGCCCGUCGUGCAUACCUGUCUUUUUCUACUUUUGUAGGUACAGGUUUGUCUUGGCUGUAUUGCAUGUGGAUGAUGGAAGCUAUUGGUCGACGAUGGGAUGUGAUUCUUUCAAUGUUGGUCUGCCGGGACCAGCUGCUGCGCCCCGAGGUUCAGGCCGCGGGUUGCUGUCAAGACCUCUGGUGAGCCCUCUCUGAGAUGGACAUUUUUUCUAUCAUCAGCAGCAUUCUCUUUUUUUGGCUUGGAGUUCACAAGUUGGAGUGCAUGGAUGAGUGGUUUGGACUUCCCCGUUCGAGGCAUCUCUGUCUCUGAGACGCUCUGGUCAUGACGCUGUUUUCGUCUGUGAUCAGAACCCUCUGCUUCUUUGGCAUUGUAUGUGGACACUUUUUCUGUUGGGCGUGAGCUGCAUGGUGCACUCUUUGGCGGUGAUAUCAGGUUAGGGUCACUGGGACUUGGUAAGGGUCCCGAGCAAACUUGAGAGGCUGGAGAGCUUGACGUCGACUCGGAUCGGCUUGCCUCGGCGGACACUCGUGUUCAAGGUGCGUUUCUCCUACUUUCAAGGUAGGUUUCUCCUAACUGACUUUUAUCCCUGGGAAUUGACUGGCAUGAGAGCCUAGGUGUGUAUGCUGCUACUGGGGAAGGUAUGCUGCUGCUGGGUUUGGACAAAGUAGGGUGUGUAUUGUAGCUGGGAAAUGAUGGGCCCACCAUCCCCUGCACUAGGACGUUCCUGGGGAAAGGUCCUUCUCUGCCACAAGGGUCUUGGUGGUGUGUUCUGCGUGUCAGGUGCUCGUGUUUGUCAACCGAAAGGGCCGGUCUACCAGCUGGAGUACCUUCUUUUGGCGCAAUUGGCCUUCUCAGUCAUUCCUGGUUGGACUCCCCAGUUGUACUGUUGUGCCAAGUCACUCUUCACCCCUCCUUUCUUGUUUUCUCUUCCCCCUCUUUUCCCGAGUGGUGCCCCACCUAGUCUGCGUCCUGUUUCCCCACCCCCAUUCACCUUCCUCCAUCUUGCUCCCCUCUCUCCCCCCGUUUCGUUUUUUGUCCCUCACACCAGUGACUCGCCCUUCCCUUUUUUUCCUUCGUACCCUUUUUUUAGGCUUUCCUCUUAGGGUUACUUCCCACUUUUUCAUCUGUCGUUCCAUCCACUGAUGCAUUGUCUUUUUCUCGGGGGACUAACUUGUCUCGGUUUGUUUUUUCUCAAACCUUUCAGGGCACCUCCAGCGAGUCGACCCCGGACAGCGACGAAUACAACAGUCGACGCCAAUUGCAGUGCGACGAACGUCUGCCGACCACCACCAGCAACAGCAGCGACGACGAAGCGUGUCUGCAAGCGCUGCAAGCCGCCGAAGGACAAUCCGGUGGCGGGCUCCGGUUCCAGCUCACCCCCCACACCGUUCGUCACCGCCCCUCGUUCGGCGUCACGUGGCAAACGUUCCGGGGACGCCUGCAAGGCCAACCCAGCUCGGGCGACGCCUCGGAGGAAGUGAUUCGCGCCCUGGGCCAAGCCAUCCGAGACCAAUCGCAGCCAUGGCACGACGACGAUUAUUUGCAGAUCUACCUGGGAUCCAACCGCUUGGCCAAUAAUUUUACCAGUGCCCGCAUCCGGGUGAGAGAUUGGCGCCACACGCAAGGGCCCGCGCGGCAUCUGCUCGACCAGAUGACGGCCCUCUUGAACUCCAACGAGGAGUUUGCUGUGGACGAUACCUUUGUGGUGGACUUGACCUACGUGCGCCCACCGCGCGGCACGGGCCGUCGUAAACUCGGGUCCGACGCCUUUGCCAAUAUGGUCAAGAGCAAACACAGUUGUAUCGAGAUCACCAACAAGGACGAUCUCUGCUGCGCACGAGCCCUAGUGACGGCGCGAGCCUACCGACACAAAGACGAAAGUGCCCUUCACCUGAACGAAUACAAUAUCCUCCGGCAAGGGCGCGAUGUCCAAAAGACCAAAGCCCGCGACUUGCAUCGAUUGGCCAAAGUGCCCGAAGGGGCUUGCGAGUUGCCCGAAAUACGCGAGUUCGAAAAAGUGUUGCCCGAGUACCAAAUCAUCGUGGUCUCGGCCGAUCACGGGAAUGCAAUCGUGCAUUGCGGCCCGACCGCCCUGCACCAACUCAUACUCUUAGCCCACCAGGGCCAUUACGACGUCAUCACCAAAUUGAACGCCUACUUUGGCGUGAACUACUUUUGCUUGCGGUGCCGCAAAGGGUACAAGACCAAGGACUUUCGUCAUCAUCGUUGUCCCGGCUUCAAGUGUUACUGUUGCCAACAAACGGACUGCUCGGACUUUGCCACCCACCCUGCCCGAGACGCCGCCACCGAACUGUGUCCCCAUUGCCAUCGCCGUUUCUUUGGCCCUCGGUGCCUCGAACUGCACACCAUCCGUUCUCCCAGCGGCGAGAGGGUUCACCCGCUGACCUUCGACAACGUGUGUGCCCAACUACGGUGCUGCGGACACUGCGGACGCACCUUCAAGAGCUACCAGGCCUUUCUCAGCCACCUCUGCGGCUAUCAACCGUGCUACAAUUGCGGGCUCACGGUAGACGUGUGGGACCACAAAUGUUUCAUCCAGGUCAUCCCCUUACGUCGAGGCCCCAAACGCAAACACGCCACCACCAGUUCCGGCCAGCCGGGACCUGAGGAACAGGCCGUCGUCAAAAUCUUUUUCGAUUGCGAGUGCAUGCAGGAAGGCGGGGAGGCGCAUCGCGUGAACCUGGUGUGUGCCGAGACCAGUCUGGACGAUCAACGCUACCAGUUUCCAUCCAUGCAAGAGUUCAUGGCCUGGGUGUGGAACCUGAGAGUGACGGACCCCGGACGCCGCCCGUUCGUGGUGAUCGCGCAUAAUUUCCAGGGGUACGACGGGUACCUGUUGCUCGAGGAACUGUACCGACAAGCGGUGGUGCCUUCGCAGAUCGUCAACGGGGCCAAACUCCUGAGCGUCGCCAUUCCCGGGGGCAUCAAAUUCAUCGACAGUCUGAACUUUUUCCCCAUGGCCCUCGCCUCGUUUCCCCAGACCUUCGGCUUGCGGGAAGAAGCCAAGGGGUUCUUUCUCCACUUCUUUAACAUCCCCACCUUGCAGCAGUACGUGGGGGCCAUGCCGGCCCGAGAGUAUUACGAUCCCGACGGCAUGAAACCGGCCCGUCGCGCCGAGUUCGAACGAUGGUACGCGGAGCAAGUGGCGUCCAAUCGCGUGUUCAACCUGCAAGCCGAACUGUUGAAAUACUGCCAAUCCGACGUCCGGAUCCUGAAACAGGCGUGUACCCUCUUCGAGCGCGAAUUCAGGGGUAUUUGCGGGUUCGACCCCUUCGAACAAUGCAUCACCAUCGCCUCGGCGUGCAACGUGGCCUACCGUCAGCAUUGGAUGCGGCCCCGAACCCUGGCCGUCGAACCCCUGCACGGCUGGCAUCCGCAGAUCCGUCAAUCGAGAGCCGCCUUGGAAUGGUUGUACCACCUAGAACGCAUCCUGCCCCCACCCACGGACGGGGAACCGCGCCUACGCCACAGUCGGAACGGAGGCGAAGUGCUGUUCCGGAUCGGCGAGCAUCGCUACCACGCGGACGGUUACGACCCGCGCACCGGGUUCGUGUACGAAUUCUACGGCUGUUUCUACCACGGCUGCCCCGAAUGUUUUCCUCAACGACACCAGCGGCACGCCAAACUCGACGGGGCCACGCCCCACGAACUGUACACGCGCACGGUCCAACGGGCCGAACGCAUUCGUCAAGGCGGUCACGUGAUGGUCGAAAAGUGGGAGUGCGAAUGGGACGCCCAAAAGAGGGAGGAUCCCGAGUUGCGCCUGUGGGCCGAGACCCUGGAUCUGGUGACGCCCCUGGAUUCCCGCGAGGCCUUUUUCGGUGGACGGACCGAAGCCGUGCGAGCUCACUGCCAGGCCCAGCCGGACCAACACAUCUUCUACGACGAUUUCACGUCGCUGUACCCGUGGGUCAAUAAGAAUUGCAAGUACCCCGUGGGUCAUCCCGUCAUUCACACGCAGUUCACCUGCCAGACCCACGAAGACUGGGACCGACUGGUACGCCAUCAAUCGUAUGGGUUGGUCCAAUGCCGCGUCCUGCCGCCUCACUACCUGUUUCAUCCCGUGCUGCCCGUCCGCGUGGCCGGCAAGUUGUUGUUUCCCCUGUGCGUCCGAUGCGCCCGAGACCAAGUGCCCCUGCCCUGGACGGAACGCACCUACAUCUGCGACCACACCCCUCGAGAACGAGCCUUCUCGGGGACUUGGUGCACGCCCGAAUUGGUGCUGGCCCUGGACCAAGGGUACGUGAUCCUGCACAUCUACGAACUGUGGAACUUUCGUACGACCUCCACCACCCUGUUCAGGGAUUACAUCAAUACCUGGAUCAAGGUGAAACAGGAAGCCGACGGCUGGCCCUCGCCCGAGGUGGCCAAAGAUCCCGGCUUGCAGAUCGAGUACCUGGAAGAGUUUCGGCGCGUGGAAGGGGUGAUCCUCGACCCGGCCAAGAUCGAACGCAACGAGGGUCGACGCACGUUGGGCAAAUUGAUGGCCAACAGUUUCUGGGGCAAAUUCGGUCAACGCACCAACAAGACCCAGGUGACCACCUGCAAGGACCCCGAGACCUUCUUCGACAUCUUUCUGGACGGCGAACGCGACAUCCAUCGCAUCCUGCCGGCCGGCGAACAGAUGAUCGACGUGUACCAUUCGUUCAAAGAAGACGUGGGCGAACUGGGUACCAACACCAACAUCUUCGUGGCCGCCUUCACCACGGUCCACGCGCGCGUCAAAUUGUAUCACGACGGACUGCUCCCCCUGCACACCCGCGUGCUGUACAUGGACACGGAUUCCGUGGUGUACCUGGCCACCCAAGGCGAGACCCACCUGCCGCGUGGACGUCUCCUGGGUCAAUUCAAGGACGAACUGAAAGGCGACGUCAUCGACGAAUUCGUGGCCGGCGGUCCCAAAAAUUACGCCUACCGCACCCGUUCGGGACAAGAAUGCUGCAAGGUGCGCGGCUUCACCCUGGACGCCCGGGGACAAGCCGUCCUGAACUUCGAGAGCGUCCGAAACCUGGUGCAACUAGACAUGACCGAGCCUCUGGAUCGUCCCAGAACGCUGGCCGUCGACAACCCCCAUCACAUCGUACGGAACGUCACCGACAAGACGCUCCACUCCGUGCCGCAACGCAAGACCUACUCCAUGGUCCAAGACAAACGAGUGUUGGAUGCCAGGACCGGCAUGACGUACCCCUACGGUUAUCGGCCCAGUCAGGACAUCGUGGACGACAUGGUGUUGUCGGUCCUGUUCUCGGACAUAGACUCUCCCUUAGAAGAUUAUGAGGAGGACUUGCCUUUUGUUCCAGAACCGUGCCCAUGUUGA